UUUCGAGCUUCGCCUCCCUCCCUUGCGUCAUGGAAAAGGCUGGAGUGUGAGAGGGACCCAGCUGUGGAGCGGGGCAGAGGAAUCCAGGGGCACGUGGGGGGCAGAGCAAACAGGGAAAGGGGGAGACCCCAGGCUGCAACAGGCAGCUCCCCAAAACAGCGGGCGCAGGAAGGAAUCAACAAGGAAAACUGCGCGGCACCAGCGGGACCUGGGAGCGCAGAGCCGGAAGGAGGAGUCCAGAGACUGGGGCUUCUCCUGCAUAAGCUCCCUGCGCAAGAACGGCGGAGGCCGGGAUCAUCUUGUGCGCACAGAGCUUUGGCUGGAGCUGAUCCCGGCUGGCGGCUCGGCAAAGAUGGAGAGAAGGGAGGAGAGCUCUGCUGGAGGUGACCGGUCCUUGCCCCUGGAGAAAGGGGUCUGAAGGGGCACAUGUUUGGGCCUCCAGGUCUCCCCGCAAGGCGCAGCUCCCCAGCAGCCAGAACUGGGACCAGAAUAGAGAUCUUUUCGCCCAGCGCAGCCUGGAGAGAGUGUGUCUCCUGGCUUUAUCCGUCUCUCCAAACGGAAGUGCCUCUGUUUUGCUGAAUUCUUCAGGCAGCUUUCCCCCCCCCCCUGCCCCCUCCCCGCUCCCCUCUUCAUCUCCCGGACACAAGAAAACGGAAUCGCAUCCCCACCCUACUCCCCUGCAAUCACUGGACUUGGGAAACGUCAUUGUUGUUGACCCCCAAAAACUGCAGGGAGUGCUCCGAAGGAGGGAUCUAGUGGAUAGCUGCUUUCCUGCCUGACGAUUUGGUUUUUCAUCCUGGAAACACUGCUGUGUUUGGAAGGAACUUCGGUGGGUUUUGUGUGCAGCUCGUUUGAAGAGAAGGGAAUUUGCCACAUUUUUGAUGGUUGGCUUUUGUUUCCUCUCCAAGGGGCUGGAUUAUUAUUUGCUCUGGCUAUCAAUUUCAGGGCGCAGAGAGGAACUGGUCAGGAAAUAAUCCCAACAAAAGAAACCCCUUUGCCAAACAGGAUUCAGACGGAAUAGAUGGAUCUGACUCUAAAAUCUUUCAGCCCUCAUCAGGGGCUUGUCUAACGUUGUGUCGGUGGAUUAUAAAACGUGUCUCUGACUGUUGAAGCAUCUGAGGUGUUGGUUAGUGGUGGUGCUGGGGGGUGUCGAGUUAUACAGUCCUCCAGGGAGCAGUCAUGGCAUUGAAAGCCAGAGCACUUUACAACUUCCAGAGUGAAAACAAAGAAGAGAUCAGCAUCCAGGAGAAUGAGGAGUUGGUGAUCUUCAGUGAAAACUCCCUGGACGGGUGGCUGCAGGGCAAGAACAGCCGAGGAGAAACUGGCAUCUUCCCUGCCUCUUACGUCGAGAUCCUCAGGUCCCGGUCGAGCUCCAGUUAUACAGACUAUUCAAACAGUCCAGCUAGCUCCCCUGGGAAUGAGUCCUUCUACAUUCCCCCUUCCAACACCAACACCUCCCACCAGGGCAGCUUUGAGGAUGAUGAUGAUGAUGACUGGGAUGACUGGGAUGAUGGCUGCACAGUGGUGGAAGAGCCACAGGGAAGCCCUGGCACCAAUGGGCACCCCUCCCCUAGCCUGCAGUACCCUGCGGCGUACCCACACCAGAAUGCUGGCUAUCGUCCCAAGCCGGCCUUGGAGAGGCAGGACAGCAUCAGUUCCUCCAAGAGGGGCAGUGUGGUGGGGCGGAACCUCAACCGCUUCUCCUGUUUCGUCCGCUCUGGGGUUGAGGCCUUUAUCCUGGGAGAUGUGCCCAUGAUGUCCAAGAUCGCUGAGACCUACUCCAUCGAGAUGGGUUCCAAGGGCCCCCAGUGGAGGGCCAACCCGCACCCUUUCAUCUGCUCUGUGGAGGAGCCCACCAAGCAAACGAAAUUCAAGGGCAUCAAGAGCUACAUCUCCUACAAGCUGACCCCCAGCAGCAUCAACGCGCCGGUCUACCGGCGGUACAAGCACUUUGACUGGCUGUACAACCGCCUGCUGAACAAGUUCACAGUGAUCUCAGUUCCGCACCUGCCCGAGAAACAGGCCACUGGGCGCUUCGAGGAGGACUUCAUCGAGAAGCGCAAGCGGAGGCUGAUCUUGUGGAUGGAUCACAUGACUAGCCACCCUGUGCUGUCCCAGUACGAGGGCUUCCAGCACUUCCUUACUUGCCGCGAUGACAAGCAGUGGAAGAUGGGCAAGCGGCGGGCAGAGAAGGAUGAGAUGGUGGGGGCCAGCUUCCUGCUGACCUUCCAGAUCCCCACAGAGCACCAGGACCUGCAGGACGUGGAAGACCGGGUGGACUCUUUCAAGGCCUUCAGCAAGAAGAUGGACGACAGCGUCCUGCAACUGACCAACGUGGCCUCGGAGCUGGUGCGCAAGCAUGUGGGGGGGUUCCGCAAGGAGUUCCAGAAGCUAGGCAAUGCUUUCCAAGCCAUCAGCUACUCCUUCCAGAUGGACCCGCCCUACAGUUCAGACGCACUCAACAACGCCAUCUCGCACACAGGCAAGACGUACGAGACCGUUGGGGAGAUGUUCGCCGAGCAGCCCAAGAACGACCUUUUCCUCAUGCUGGACACUCUCUCCUUAUACCAAGGUCUCCUCUCCAACUUCCCAGACAUCAUUCACCUUCAGAAAGGUAAGCCAUGCCCAGGCGCAGCUUUUUCUGGGCCUCAGUUGCUUCCAUGAUAAACCUGUCUCAGAAGAUCGCCCCAGGGACAAGCAA